AUGCCUAUCAACUGGCCCGCGCAGGCCACCCCGGGCCACGACGACGACGUCUCAGACACCACAUCCGUCUCAUACCCCUCAUCGGACGACUCGUAUGACCCCGACGACCACGCAGCCAUGAUCCAGGAAGAGUGGGAGGAGAGCCUCCGCCAGAUCGAGACCGUUCUGUCCGUCAUCAUCCUCCCCUUCUUCGGCAAGUGGAUGGGCCGCAGGACCGCAUUCUGGGGCUAA